AUGGUCAAGCUCCACGAGGUCGAGGAUGAGGCUUUCACCACCGAUAAGCCCCAGGCCAGCAAGAACGAUGCUCUGCUCGUCUCCGAUGACGACGAAGACUACAGCGACACCGGUAAGUGUUUGACGACAUCUGUUCUCCCGCGAGUCACGCGAGUCGAACCGCGCAGCGACAAUGGCUUCGGUUCUGGAAAGGCCCUCUGGGUCAUCAGCACUAGCGCUUUCCUCAUCGGUGUUCCAUGGGCAUUAGCCUACGCCGAGGAGGAGCAGUACAUUCAGAUGGAGCGUGAGCAGGGCAUGAUCAAGGGUGCUAAUGAGAUGCUCACCCCUGGCGCCGAAGAGAAGAAGGAGGAUAAGCUCGCUCUGUAA